GUGCACUGGUGUCGCAGGGGCCGACGGGAGGUGAACCAUCUUGACGGUCAGCCUCAGCCUCUCUGCUGCUGUCUGCUGUUUCCCCACUGACUGUACUGGAGAUGCCAAGAUGGCUGCAAGCAACUAUUUCGGCUUCACACAUGCCGCCGCCCCUCAGUACAGUACCCAGCCUCCCCCGGCCUACUCCCAUCCCUCCACAGCCAGUUACAGUGUCCAGCAGGCUCCGGCUGUGGCUCAUGCAGUGACUGCAUCCUACUCUCCAGCUCCGGUCCAGGCAGCGCGUCCCGUGGUCUCCGCCCCUUACCCUGCUUAUCAGACCCACCAGGCCCCUCCUGACUACGCCUACAGGCAGCCGGACCCCCCGGCCCCGCCGCAGCCCACCACCACCCCACAGACGUACCAGGUCUAUUCAGACACGCAGGACAACUACAGUUACGGACGCCCUGCUGCUGUGACCACGUAUGAUAAUAAGCAGUACUACCAGACAAGUAUAGUCUCAGCUCAGAGGGCACCCACAGAGAAUUACUACCAGACUGUCGGAGUGAAGAGUGCUUACAGUCCAGCACCAACCACCGUGUACAGCCAGCCUCCUCCUCCCCAGAGGCAGGUAACGGCCCUGAAACCUCUGGCUCCAUCCAGCUCUGUGGCCACCACCUACAACAUCUACCCAGUGACCACUACUGUCCAGCAGCCCCCCACUCCCAUUUCAUCCUACACCCUUGGCUCCUCCUUCAGCUCCAGCGUUGCAGCCACUUCCUACUCAGGCCUAAGCUACUCCAAUUAUGAUACAACUGGCUACACCUCCACAUCAACCCCCUCCUAUUACCAGCCGGCCCAGCAGACUCUCGCCCAGCCGCAGCCUCCACUACAGCAGCCUCAACAGCCACAGCAGCCCAAGGCUCAAAUCCAGCCUCCGCUCAAGCAACUCACAAGCUCAUCCUGGAGCAACUCAGGGAGCAACAUGGUCACAGCCCCGGCAGGAAACGCCUACAAAAGGCCAACAUUUCACCAAAACAAGCUGCAGAAACCCAAAGGGCCUCCAAAGCAACCGCAGCUCCACUACUGCGACAUUUGCAAGAUCAGCUGUGCAGGCCCUCAGACAUACCGGGAGCACCUGGAGGGUCAGAAACAUAAGAAGAAGGAGGCAGCCCUGAAGUCUGGGGGACAGUCGGGGACCACGAACGGGCCCAGGGGGAUCCAGACUCAGCUUCGUUGUGAGUUAUGCGACGUCUCCUGCACUGGAGUGGACGCCUACGCCGCCCAUAUCCGUGGGGCCAAACACCAGAAGGUGGUGAAACUUCACACCAAGCUUGGCAAACCUAUACCUUCCACUGAGCCCGUGUUGGUGAAUUCUGCUCCAGUCGUCACAACCUCGAUAGCUGGGAAACCUCCAGUCCCAACCUCCACUCCUGCCUUGGCCUCAACCACUUCCACUCCCGCUGCAACACCAAAACAGGUGUCUGUACACGCCAUGGCUAAAACUACACCACCGGUCAGGAGAGCAGCUCCUUCCAAAAUAACGGUCAUUUCCACUAAGCCUGUCAGCACUCCAGCUGUGACACUACCAGUAGUAGCAGCGGUGGUGCCUGCGAAGGUGGAGGUGCCCACGGUACAUUCACUUCAGAAGUACGAGUCUCAGAGUGAUGAUGAGGAUUUCGACAGAGAAGGUGGCCUGGGUGACAUCCAGCCAGUGGGACACGACUAUGUAGAGGAGGUUCGUAACGACGAAGGCAAAGUUAUUCGAUUUCACUGUAAACUGUGUGAGUGCAGCUUCAACGACCCCAAUGCUAAAGACAUGCACCUGAAGGGAAGAAGGCACAGACUGCAGUACAAGAAGAAAGUGAACCCAGAACUUCCUGUGGAGAUCAAGCCCAGUAACCGGGCCAGGAAGCUGCAGGAGAGCAAGCUGAAGAAGCAGAAGCAGAAGGCCGUGCUGAAGAGACAGAGGGACGACGAGCAGCGCUGGCACAUGGAGAUGAGGCGGUAUGAGGAGGACAUGUAUUGGAGGAGAAUGGAGGAGGAGCAGAUGUACUGGGGGGAGCAGAGACGCAGGAUGGCUCCUCCACCACUAAUGAGCCGCCCUGGUAUGCCGGUGCCCCCUCUACUGACGUGCGUGCGUCGGCCUGACUCCCCUGAUGACCGCCACAUCAUGGCCAAGCACUCCACCAUUUACCCAGUGGAAGACGAGCUACAGGCCGUUCAGAGGAUCGUCUCCCACACGGAGAGAGCCCUAAAGCUGGUGUCUGACUCCCUGUUGGAGAAGGGGACGCCAGUUGUUGCCCCUGCUGCUUCUGAAGAAGGAGACGAUAAAAGCGCUGAGAAUUCAGCCCGGCUGCUAAAAGGUGUGAUGAGGGUUGGCAUCCUGGCCAAAGGCCUGCUGCUUCGUGAGGACCGAAACGUGGAGCUCAUCCUUCUGACUGCUCAGAAACCCACGAUUUCUUUGCUGACAAACAUCAGCAAACAGCUGCCCAAGGAACUGGCGACAUUUUCUGAAGAUCAGUAUGAGGUGCAGGCUCACCCCGAGGAGGCGAACAUCGUCAUAUUUUCAAGCAAGGAGCCCAAAAUGCAGGUGACCAUUUCUCUCACCUCGCCGCUGAUGAGGGAGGACCCUGCUUCUGAGAAGGACAAGCAGGCAGAAGAAAAAGCGGCUGAGAAAGCAGAUGUGGCUGAGAAGGAUCCUCCUGAUCUUCUGAAUAAGAGGAAAUGUCUGGAAUACCUGGCAGCGCUCCGUCACGCCAAAUGGUUUCAGGCUCGAGCCAAUGGGCUGCAGUCCUGUGUGAUCAUCAUUCGGCUGCUGAGAGAUUUAUGUCAGCGGGUGCCCACCUGGGCGAAGCUGCCCAGCUGGGCGAUGGAGCUGCUGGUGGAGAAGGUGAUCAGCAGUGCUUCAGGUCCACUGAGCCCGGGGGAGGCCAUGCGCAGAGUCCUGGAGUGCAUCUCCACAGGCAUCUUGCUGCCAGACGGACCGGGGUUGAUGGACCCCUGUGAGAAGGAAUCAACAGAUGCUUUGGGAACCAUGAUGCUUCAAGACAGAGAGGACAUAACGGCCAGUGCACAGCAUGCUCUGCGGCUGCUCGCGUUCCGUCAGAUCCACAAGGUCUUGGGCAUGGAGUCCCUGCCCGCGUCCAAGGCCAGCGCUCGCAACCGCAAACGCCGACGGGACGUCAGCGACAUGGGGGAGGUGGAGGGAGAGGGGGAGGGCAAAAAAGACAAGAAGGAGGAGGCAGAAAGUGCUUGACCCCCGCUUCCCAGAGCGGAGGCGUCUGCUAGUUUAGAGACUGGUACAGUGUCACAACUCUAAAAUGUUCUUAUCUUGAAAACAAUCCUAACACGCAGCUAUACACAUAUGAAUAUAACUGACACUACAUGUUACAUGUCUGCUCUUGAAUUAUUAGGAAUAGUGUGUUGGAGGAAGAGGACUGAAGUUUGAGAAUCUAUACCGCAAAUCCUUCCUCCUGUGUCGUGAUUUCCUGCAGAUGUCGUGUGUCUGAAACUUUGCAGAGAAAAUUGGCUCCGUUAAAGAAAACGCAUCCUGAAAGUUACUGACUGCAUCAUUCCAUUUUAGUAUAAUUGCACAAGUACUGACCAUCACUCCCUUGUUUAUUCACAAUAGUGAAAGCACUACAGUUGUUCUGUUUUCUAUGAUAUUAGAGCCUCUGCUAUUAUUAUAUCAGAAGCACCUUAUGCUUUAUUUUCAGAGUUUGAACUCUACUGCUCUUUAGGCCAGUUCGAUAUUAACAUCUUGACACGAGUCAUGAGUCACUGAACAGAUGUCGGUGCAUGACUCCUGUACACUGAAAUGCGAUUUUCAGCUGGUUUGUUUUUAAAAUCAAAUGAUGAGGGUUUAAGCUGUUGAAGCUGUGAGAUCAUUCAAGGCUGACUGUUCAGACCUGGUUUCAUCAUCCGCGAUCCUGUCACAACAGAGCCAUGUUCAGGAACACGUAUGUUACUGUGAUGUUCUUUGUGCCGGAGUUGACUCAUUGGUUAUAAAAGAGGGCGGUUCUGUUGAAUGACCUUCUGAACUCUUCACACCCUCUCCUGUAAACUGUCUCAACAUUUCCUCCUGAUGUGCGAUGAAAACCUGCAAGAAAUUUGACUGAAGAGUGUUUAAAUGUAACCAAAGGCCCCGCUCCACUUGGAUCCAAUAUAAAGACUCGACUAAAAUCCCCCCCAACCCCGUAAAUGCGUUGGAGAGGUUUUUAUCAGAAAUCUACAAAGACACACAAGCUCUGCUUCGUGCAACAUCCCCCAUGGGUUCUUUUUUCUGCAAAGGUCACACUGAAGAGUCAUUCUGUCUUGGAGGGGAGCGAGUGUUACGUUGCACAGUCUGUAGCAUGCGGAGAAAAUGAAGCACUUAAGAAAUGGCAGUGUUACUGUUUGCAGCCAUGGUCUUGUCAUUGAAAUAAUAUGCCUAGUAAUCUUUUUUUCUUCCACAGUCUGGUUAGCAGAAAAGAGAAGCUUUAGUCAUAAAAAUGAGACUGAAUAUCUACUGUAAUGAGAAACAAAAUUAGUUAUAGUCUUUGACUUUCUUCCUUGUGCCUGCAUCCUGUGGUGUGUAACAGAAGAAAGAGUAAAGGGGAACAUGUUUUUUCUUUUGUCUGGUUAACAUUGUAAAGAUUUUAUUUCACACAGAUGUAGGACAGGGAAGAAAUGGUUGCACAGACCCGAAGGCUUAAAAGUUGAUGCGAGAGAUUUAUUGUGCCGUUUUAAGUUAGAUUUUCAUUUAAGAGUAUCAUAUAUAUAAGUAUUGCUUAUUUUAUUUCUGAAGAUUAUUUUGUAUUGUUGAAACAAAAAGCGUGAACAGUUGCUGUCCUUUUAUUUGAAUGUCUUUGUAGUGUUGCCUAAAAUUGAGGGAGGACAUAUUAAAACACUUUUAAGCCA